CUGCGAUUACCGCAUUAGGCGCGUUACGCGCUCGGUUUGGUGUCACGUGCAGCAGUGGUGGCGGGGGAAGAGAAGAAAAAAAAUAACCCGUCAUUGUUUUUAACGGAAUCAGUUUUUCCAAGCACAGUCCAGAGCCAGCUCGGACUGUAACCCGAGUCCCCCUCCGGCCCCGCGGGUCCACUGUCUCCAACUUGCUAAUCAAUUACGCGUCCGCUCGCCGCUGAUUGGCUGAGCCGUGUUAUUGUCACCGAGGAGCGCGGCGGGGUGGGAGAGAGAUCACACGAUGGGAGGACUGGAUUCAGGAGGUGAAUUCAUUUCUUGCUCAAGUGGCUCACUGGUCCCGAGGUGGCAAUCUGUUGCAGAAUGUACUGCAGGCGCACGCAUCAUCAUGGCUUGCAGAGACCUGGAGAGGGCAGAGGAAGCCCGAACGGACAUUUUGGAAGACACAGGAAAUGAGAAUGUGGUCAUCAGGAAACUGGAUCUCUCUGACACCCAAUCCAUUAGAGUGUUUGCUGAGCUCAUCAACAAAGAGGAGAAACAAGUGAAUAUCCUGGUAAACAAUGCAGGCGUCAUGAUGUGUCCCUACUCCAAGACCGUGGACGGGUUCGAAAUGCAGUUAGGUGUCAAUCAUUUGGGUCAUCUCCUAUUGACUUACCUGCUGCUGGACCUCAUCAAGCACUCUGCUCCUGCCCGAAUUGUCGUCGUGGCAUCGGUGGCUCACACUUGGACCGGAAUUCGGCUGGAUGACAUCAACAGUGAGAGGAGUUACGACACCAUGAAGGCCUAUGGGCAGAGCAAACUGGCAAACGUCCUCUUUGCACGCUCACUCGCCAAACGAUUACGAGGUACCGGGGUGAGUGUGUUCUCUCUGCACCCGGGGGUGGUGCAGUCUGACCUGUGGAGACAUCAGCACCAAUGCAUCCAGGUGGCAGUGAAGAUCUUCAGGGUUUUUACCAAGACAACACUGGAGGGAGCACAGACUACCAUCUACUGCGCUGUGGAGCCGGGCCUGGACAGCCAGAGUGGAGGGUACUUCAGUGACUGCGCUCCUGCUAGGUGCUCAAGGGCAGCUUCGGAUGAAGAUUUGGCCCAAAAGCUGUGGGAGAUCAGCUGCAACAUGCUUGGCAUCACCUGGCAGUGAAGGAACUGUGCAGUGAAAUAACAUUGUAUGAUAUGUACCCUCUGUCAAAGAGCACUUUCACACACUUGUACAGUAUAUACGCAUUCAUGUUACUGUUACUGAUGUGCCGACAGGUCUAAAAGUUUAGGCUCUUUUAUUUUGUAUAAACAUCAAUUAUCAAGCAAGGCUGCAUGAUAAAACUUUUUAUCCACUAAACUUUUACUCACCUAGAUGGACAUUCUUUGUUGAGACACUUUUUUU